AUGCAUCUGCUCCAGAUAGAUGAGAUAGAUCUACAGGAGCAAGCACUGUCCAGUCUCACUCCUCAGGAGCCCAGUACUAUCAUUCAGUUCACCUACACCUCCAAUGCACAGAUGUACAGCAUCCUGAAGAGAACAGCAGCCAAGUGCUCUCAUAUCUCCCACGUCUACAGCAUCGGACGAAGCACAGAGGGCAGGGAUCUACUGGUGAUUGAGUUCACCAACAACCCAGGACAACAUGAGCUAUUAAAGCCAGAGAUCAAGUUGGUGGGCAACAUGCAUGGCAACGAAGUGCUGGGCCGCCAGCUGCUCAUCUAUUUGGCCCAGUACCUGUGUUCGGAAUAUAUCCUGGGAAACCAAAGAAUUCAGACCAUCAUCAACACCACUCGCAUCCAUAUUCUAGCCUCCAUGAACCCCGAUGGCUAUGAGCUAGCUGCCUCAGAGGUAGAGGAUAACAAUGACCCGGAGCUCAUCAACCAUGAAGGUCACUUGUUGAAUGGUUGGACCAACGGUCGAACCAAUGCCCAGAAUAUUGACCUGAACCGGAACUUUCCGGACCUUACGUCUGCCUUGUACCGGAAUCGACGCAGCAGGCACUACCGUACUGACCACAUCCCGAUUCCCGACGCAUACUGGUUUGGGAAGGUGGCACCAGAGACUUACGCAGUGAUGAAGUGGGUCAGGUCUCUGCCUUUCGUUCAGUCUGCCAGCCUCCACGGAGGGGAUCUGGUGAUCUCCUAUCCAUUUGACUACUCUAGACAUCCUCUUGAGGAGCGGAUGUUCUCCCCCACUCCAGAUGAACAGGUCUUCAAGCAGCUGGCUCGCACAUAUGCCGAUGCUCAUGCCACUAUGUCAAACAAUGACACAGAGAGGUGUGGUGCCUCCUUUUAUCGAACUCGGGGGAUUAUCAAUGGGGCACUGUGGUACAGUUUUGCUGGUGGUAUGUCAGACUUUAAUUAUUUACACACUAACUGUCUUGAGAUAACCGUGGAGCUUGGAUGCGACAAAUUCCCCUCAGAGGCUGAGCUGUACCCAGAAUGGAAGAGGAAUAAAGAAGCUCUCCUCAGUUUUCUUGAAUCUGUCCACAGAGGAAUAAAGGGAAUAGUUAAGGAUGGUAAUGGUAAUGGAAUAAAAGAUGCAACAAUCUCCAUCAGGGGUGUUAGAAAAGAUGUCACCACAGCUGAAGAUGGAGACUAUUGGAGGCUGCUUAACCCUGGAACUCACAUCGUGACAGCCACAGCCAAAGGAUACUCCAAGGUCAGCAAGAGAGUUUAUUUGCCUCACACCAUGAGCAAGGCUGGACGUGUUGACUUUGUCCUGCAGAAGGUUCCCGUGGAGCCCGAUAUUGAUGACCACCUCUUCCCCACAUCAGACACAUGGGAUCGAUUUGACCCCUACAACCAGUUUGAGCAAUACAGGGAUCCAGAUGUGGGUGAUAGUGGGAGAGAGAGGGAGGAAAAACCAUGGUGGUGGAACUACUUCUCCCAGUCUGGUAUCUCACCUCCAACCUGGCUGCUGAGAAAUGUGUAGACACAUUUGGGACAAUAAAGAUCCUGAUUACCACAUCCACCACAAAAGGAGACUGGUGAAGGACCAUUUUACAUCCAGUCCCACUGGUGUUCUCAGAGGCGUUUAUGUAGCAGGAGCUGUGACACUAACCACCAGUAACCGAACACAUUGCAGUACUUCCUGUAAGGAAGUGAAUUAGCAUUUUUUCCAAGGGGCAACACAUUUAAUUUUGGGCUGUGAGUGAGAUUUGGCAGCAUUACUUUGAAGCAGCAUUUACUGAAUAAUGAAUGAAAUAUGGAUGCCACAAUCAUCCCCUAAAACCUCAUCACAAUAAAGAACACAAUAGAAGAUAUGGGACUUGAUAUUUUGCUUACAGCUUUACAACACUGCAUCUGCACACAUUUGUGUACAUUAAAAAAUGAGUUGGGAUUUGUUAUGUUUAUUUUUUGUGGGCAUGUACAAGUAAAUGUCUUGUAACAUUUAUCCAUAUUUUAUACAAUACACAAAAAAUGUAAGCACUCUGGAUCAGUAACAGCAUGUGACAUAGAGCUUGGAUUAGCAGCAACACUGUGCCAUCUCAAAACUGUAGAAAACCUUGCUUUUCCCCCCACAAGCAUAACAAAUAAACAGUGAAUACUUCUGGCA